AUGCGGCGAGCGGAGAUGCGGUCCCGCAGUGUCCUGGCGCCCCGUGGCCGGGGACGCGCCCGCGCCCUCAGCACGCAGAGGCCGGUGUCUUGGGCCCGGCUGCGCGGCGACCAGCUCGUGGCGCCGGGCACCGGGGAGCCCGCGGCCGCGCGCGGGGGCUUCAACGUCUUCGGCGACGGCCUCGUGCGCCUGGACGGGCAGCUCUGCCGCCUCGGCUGCUACAUCAAGAGAUACGUGGAACUGACCAACUACUGUGAUUAUAAAAACUACAGGGAAACCAUACUGAGCAAACCGAUGCUGUUCUUCGUUCACGUGCAGACGAGAAAGAACCCCUCGAAAGAAAGGACGUACGCGUUCCUCGUGAACACAAGGCACCCCAAGAUAAGAAGGCAAAUAGAGCAAGGGAUGGACACCGUCAUUUCCUCAGUGAUUGGAGAAAGCUACCGGCUUCAGUUUGAUUUUCAAGAGGCGGUCAAGAAGUUUUUCCCUCCAGGAAACGAAGUGGUUAACGGAGAAAAUUUGAGCUUCGCCUACGAAUUCAAAGCCGACGCGUUAUUCGAUUUCUUCUACUGGUUCGGGCUCAGCAAUUCCACUGUGAAGGUGGAUGGGAAGGUUCUGAAUUUGUCGAGUACGAGUCCAGAAAAGAAGGAGACGAUUAAGUUAUUUCUGGAAAAGAUGAGUGAACCGUUAAUCCGAAGAAGCAGUUUCUCUGACCGGAAAUUCAGCGUCACUUCCAGAGGUUCCAUAGACGAAGUUUUUAACUGCAGCCUGUCACCCAGAGCUUCCUUGACGGGGCCUCUGUUGGAAGAAUUGCCGUUUCCUGUUUUGGAAUCUGAAGAGACUCCCAACCCAUUUCUCUGAUCGGCCUGAACAUUUCGCGGUUUCUCCAGGCCAGGGCCAGGGCUGAAGGUCGAGGGGACACCAGUAGGGGUGGGAGGCAGGCCCUCCUACCCGUCGUCCUCCCGCCUCCCGCUUCCGUGGGUGCCCCCUGGCAGGCCCCAGAAGCUGACUUCAGGAGGGGGCGGGGCCUCUGGCCUUAUGGCCAGGAGGGUCCCCUCCUCUGAACACGUCCCCAGAGAGGCAGAGGGAGCGGCAGGGUCCUGCCACCCAGAGUGCCUUGCUCGGGACCCUGGCCGCUGGAGCGGGCUCACUGGG